AUGAAGACCGUCCGAUUCAAUCCACGAAAACAAAUGCCAGCAGCCUGCUCAAAGUCCACGAAAACUUGGUCUUGCAAAUGUUGUAAAUGUAAUAACCCUACUGACUGGUCCAAAUGGGAGAGAAUAACCCUGUGUGACUUUCAUAAUAUAAACUUACGUGUCAACGAAUUAUUUCUACGCGCCAUACAAGACGGAAAGACAACAUUCAAAUUUGAGAUCCAUAAGGAAUUUCUUUUUCAUCAAGAUACUGGAGGAGACGUGUUAUUUAAAAGCCUCACAAGAUACCCAAAAGAUUACAUUAACGUUACAUCGUAUCAAGAUGCACCCAUAUAUGUUUAUACAUGGCAUCCAAAAAACAUUGUUUAUGUUAUUCAACAUAUCUUGAUCCGGGCAUUUCCUUUAUACGAACCAAUGAAAGGAGUCUUAGAAGAGCGCCAUGAUUCUUGUAUGAAGAAACUGAGAGGUGGGCUCUCCAACGUUCUCGAUAAGGGAAACGCAAGCAUGAUAUUAUUGGUAUUGAUGUGUGAUUUAGUGAAACAUCGUGAAGUACGGUUGCCUGGCUUCAGAUGGCUAUAUGAAUGUGAAUGGGAGCAAACAAUUGACCAUACCGAUUCCGGAGGGCGGUUGAUAAUGGGCUCUGAUUCCGGUGUAUUUAUCGUAAUCGAAGUGAAAUAUCUCGCCUUUGGUACUGAAAGUGAUACAUGCCUCCGCAAAACGAGACGCCAAAUGAGAACACGAAUGAUCCAAUCCGUAGGCAGAUUUAGGGAAUCACAUGGAAGCCUAAUUACUGCUGUUCUUGGAGCUACUUAUACGAACUAUGAUAAAUAUCCAAUAUUUUACACCAAGGAGGACCAUCAAAUAUUUUUCUCCGUUGGAGAGAUUGAUGGUAGCAACGCAGUUGGAUCCGAAACUUUCUCUCCUAUUAUGCUAGAUCAAUGGAGGGUAAAAUACGAUCCAAUGAAUCGACGCGAUUACAUGAUAAUGGAAGACCUGAGCAAGGAUGAGGAAACGGAACCGCAAGAUAGGAUUUGCUGGCCUCAAAGCCUUGUGAAAGAUGUUGCUUCUCCAUCAUAUAUUCAUGGAAAAGAAUCUGAUAUCUUCAGUGUUGGGGUAAUAUUGUGGGAAAUUUCUAGUGGAGAGACUCCGUGUGGGGGCUAUGAUGAAUAUGAUGUCAUCCUACAGAGAUUAAACGGCUAUCGCGAUCCACUUUUCCUGGUACACCUGAAGA